UGGCUUGAAUGUGAAGAAAAACUCAGGGGCAGCAUCUAUAUUUCGGAAAAACCUGAGGGCUGUUUAUAUGAUAUUUCAUAGGAAAAAUUCUUUUCUUUUGUUUAUUUUGGUUAAUUUUUUUUUCUAUAUAUUAAUACAAAUCAUUUCUGAUCGAUAAAAAGCAGCUUGCUUUGCUUUUCUGUACUUCCAAACUUAUUGCGAAGAUAGAUAGAGAGAGAGAGAGAGAGAGAGAGAGGGGAGAGCUCUUCUGCUACGCGGUGGUUACUUCCCGCAGAAGGUUCUCUGUGUUCUUUUAUUUUAUAAAAGAAAAAAAAAUUCGGUGAAGAAGAAGAAGAAGAAAAAAAAAAAAAAUUAAGGAUAACGUAGAUUGAUAAAAUAAUUAAGGGGAAAAAAAAAAGAAAAAGAAAAAUUCUCGAGGGUUUCGUGGAAAACUUGUGCUGAGCAUAAAUAAUUUUUAUUUUUUUUCAGAAGUUAUUUGCUUCACGUAAUCAUACGGAGGAUUAUUAAUCCUUAAUUCCUCAGUUUCCAAGUUUUUUCGCUUGAAACCCUUUUCUGAAAAAAAAUCAUCUAUUUGAUUGGUUUCUGGGGUUUUUUAUUUUUAUUUUUUCUGAUUAAUUUUGGGAUAAGUUGGAAUCGAAAUUUGGGGAUUUUUUUUUUUUUUUUUUUUUUCUGGGGUGGGAAAUUUUUUUUCUGUGGGUGUGUUGGGAUUGAUGUUCUUUUGCUGAGUUCGAUGGUGGGUCGGUGGUAAUCUGGGAUUUCUCGGUUUUAUGCAUUGGUGGGUCUUUUGGAUUUGCUCUAUUUCGAAAAAAAAAAAAAAAAAAAUUGGUGUUGAUUUAGGGUUUGCGGAAGGACUUCACGAGUGGAAAGUUUGGGUAUUUUGGUUUUAUUGGAUUAAAAAAAAUCUAUUUCCGGUGCGUUCUAAAUUCGGAGGCUUUUUUCAGGUUUCAAUGCCGGGUCCUUGACAAUAUUUGGUUUGUUGGAUAAAAUCCAAGUUCGAAAAUUUGGUUUGCUUUUUGCUAUUCUGUGGUGGGUUUGAGAUUAUUCGGGGUUUUAUCGAAGAUAUAAGGUGCAAAGUCAGAAACUUUUUUUUGUUUGUUUUUAGAUUUCGGUGUUGUUGUCUUGAUAAAGGGUCCUAAUCAUAUUGCCACGAGGGUGUGUUGAGAGACCGUUCGACCAUUUUUUCUUCCAGUUUCAAACCUCAAACUUGUCCUGUAUGAUUGAGGCGGUAUUGUUGAUUUGUUUUUGUUGAGUGGGGGGAAUUUUGUGGUGAAGCAUUCUAGUUUCUGGGAUAAAGAUGAGUUCGAGUGUCACUGAAGGUUUUGUCCAUCAGGGCAAGCUUCUGGUUCAUAUUGCUGAGAAUGGACACUCAUAUGAGCUGGAUUGCGUUGAAACCACACCCGUUGAAGGGGUUAUGAGGCAUAUUGAAUCGCUGACAGGGAUUGGUAUGAAUGACCAGCUUGUUCUCUGUUGUCAUAUUAGACUUGAGCCUCAAAGACCUCUUUCAGCUUAUAAGCUUCCGGCUGAUGACCGCGAAGUGUUCAUAUUCAACAAGGCCAGGCUGCAAAACAAUACUCCUCCGCCUCCGCCGGAGCAGGUUGAUGUUAUUGAUAUUGCAGACCCCCAGUCGCCGUCGUCUUCUCAUAAUUCCCACCCUCUGGAUGAUGCUCCAGACCCUGCUCUGAAGGCUUUACCUUCUUAUGAGAGGCAGUUUAGGUACCAUUACCACAAGGGUCAUGCAAUUUAUAGUCGUACCCAAGUGAAAUAUGAAACCUGUGAGAGGCUUCUGAGAGAGCAAAAGGUUCAAGAGAGGGCAGUGGAUGUUGCCAGGGAAAAUAUGGAGCACUACCAUAAGGUGAUUAAGCAAAACUACAGGGAAUUCAUGAAACGUUAUUUGCUACAAAACCGCAUCCAUUCUGAUCUUUUGGCAAAUUUCGAAAAGGAAAUAGAGAAAUUGAGAUCCCUCAAGCUCCACCCUGUAUUACAAACAGCCACACGUAAGUGCUUGCUGGAUUUUGUUAAGGAAGAGAACUUGCGGAAGACCGCAGAGAGUUGUGGCGGUUCUCAUAGGCAGUUUGAGAGUAAGGUUUCACAGUUUAAACAGAUGUUUGUUGAAGUCGACCGCAAGGUGGAGGAAUUGUCUGCUAGCAGGGCUUCCUUGCCCAUUAGGAAUUGUGAGCUGACAAUCAAGGACUGUCAGCGAUUUAUCACUGAACAAAAGAGUAUAAUGCAGUCUUUGAGCAAGGAUGUCAAUACUGUGAAGAAACUUGUGGAUGAUUGUUUGUCUUGCCAGUUGUCUUCCUCAAUUCGUCCUCAUGAUGCUGUGUCUGCCUUGGGUCCUAUGUAUGAUGUACAUGACAAAAAUCACCUGCCUAGGAUGCAGGCUUGUGAUCGUGCAAUUUCAAAUCUACUUGAGUUUUUGAAGGAUAAGAAGAAUGAAAUGAAUGUUUUUGUGCACCAUUACAUGCAAAAGGUAACAUAUGUUUCUUACAUGAUCAAAGAUGCAAAGUUACAGUUUCCUGUUUUUAAAGAGGCAAUGGUACGCCAAGAUGAUCUAUUUAUGGACUUAAAGUUAGUCCGGGGAAUUGGCCCUGCAUAUAGAGCUUGCCUUGCAGAAGUAGUCAGAAGAAAGGCUUCUAUGAAGCUUUACAUGGGCAUGGCUGGACAGUUGGCUGAAAAGCUUGCAACAAAGCGAGAGGUUGAGGUAACAAAGCGGGAGGAGUUUCUCAAAGCACAUAGUUCAUACAUACCUAGGGAUGUAUUAGCUUCUAUGGGAUUAUAUGAUACCCCUAACCAGUGUAACGUCAAUAUUGCUCCUUUUGACACUGGUUUGCUUGACAUUGACAUUGGUGACCUUCAGCGCUACGCCCCUGAGUUCUUGGAAGGACUGCCUUCUAAGGGUGAAAAACAUGGAGCCUUUAAAGGUUCUUAUUCUAUGUCUAAUGAAAGUUGUAAUUCGACUGAGAGGGAAGAAAUUGCGGCCGAUGUGCUUGAAAAAAAUGAGUCUGAGGAUCUACUUGAAGGCUGUGAGUUGGUGGAAAUUGCUGGAACUAGCAAGAUGGAAGUUGAGAAUGCUAAAUUGAAAGCUGAACUUGCUUCUAAAAUAGCUUUGAUAUGUUCAUUAUGCCCUGAGGUUGAAUAUGAAUGUUUGGAUGAUAGUAAAUUGGGUAGUUUAUUGAAAAAUGCUUCUGAGAAGACAGCUGAAGCCUUGCAGCUUAAAGAUGAGUAUGGAAGACAUAUCGAAUCCAUGCUAAGGAUGAAGCAGUUGCAGUGCGAAUCAUACGAGAAGCGUAUUCAAGAAUUGGAACAGAGAUUAUCAGAUCAGUAUUUGCAAGGCCAGAAGCAUUCUAGAAACAGUAAUGCAUCUGACUUUACCCUUUUGGCUGAGAAGGCUGAUAAGUGCAAACCAGGAAACUUAGGUGGUGGAGAAGCCCACAUGCCAUGCAUAUCUACGUCAGAGCACAUGGAUGAGGUUUCUUGCAUAUCUACUUCUUUGGAUGCGAAGUUGGGACUUUUCGCUGAGCAACCGGGCAAAAUGCAAGAUGGGGUGGAUGAAAAUAUGAUGGAUUCCUCUGGAGUACAAAAUCCUCAGUUGGAUUCAUUAAUGCUGGAGCCACAUCGUGAAGAAAAAGAUGGGAAAGAUAAGAUGGUUGGGCAGUUGGGCAUGUCACUGACUAACAGUUCUACUGCUGAGAGCAUGCCUGAGCCUCUGAGUUCUUUACCUUGUGAUUUGGCAGUUCAAACCAGCUUGGAUAUGAAAGUCAAUGAUAAUCUAUUGCUGGAAUUACGAACCACACUUUCAGAGAAGACAAAUGAGCUGAGUGAAACUGAAACAAAGCUCAACGCUGCUAUGGAGGAGAUUGCCAUGCUUAAGAGGGAACUAGAAACAAACCGAAAGCUUCUUGAUGAAUCACAGUUGAAUUGUGCGCACUUGGAAAACUGUUUGCAUGAAGCAAGAGAGGAAGCUCAGACCCAUCUUUGUGCAGCAGAUCGGAGGGCAUCGGAGUAUAGUGCAUUGCGGGCAUCUGCUGUCAAAAUGCGUGGCCUCUUUGAAAGACUCAGGAACUGUGUUUAUGGCCCGGGUGGGAUGGCUGGUUUUGCUGAGUCUUUGCGUACUUUAGCACAAUCUCUGGCCAGUUCUAUUAAUGACAAUGAAGAUGAUGGUACUAUCGAGUUCCGGAAAUGUAUUCGAGUCCUUGCAGAGAGAGUUAGUUUCUUGUCCAGGCAUCGCGACGAGCUACUUGACAAGUACCCUAAGCUUGAAGCUGCAAACGAACAACUUAGAAAGGAACUGGAAGAAAAGAAAGAGCAGGUUAAAACUUUAUACACAAAGCAUCAACUUGAGAAGCAGGCCAACAAGGAAAAGAUAUCUUUUGGCCGCUUGGAAGUCCAUGAGAUUGCUGCAUUUGUUCUUAAUUCUAGCGGCCAUUAUGAGGCAAUCAAUCGGAACUGCUCAAACUACUACCUGUCUGCUGAAUCUGUGGCCUUGUUUGCAGACCAUCUCCCCAGCCGACCAAACUAUAUUGUUGGACAGAUUGUACAUAUCGAACGCCAGACUGUGAAGCCAUUGGCUCCUGGUGCAGCCCGGGCUGAUCAUAACCUGGGCUCUGACACGGGUACUGAUAGGUUGACCUUGAAUUCAGGUUCAACUUCAAAUCCAUAUGGUCUCUCUAUUGGCUGUGAAUACUUCGUAGUGACUGUAGCCAUGUUGCCUGAUACCACCAUUCAUUCACCACCUCCUUCCUGAUCCCUGCCUCAAGCAGAUUGACGUGAUGGAAGAAUCCCAAGUGUAAAUAUAUAAAUAUAACAUUCAAAAGCUUAAAUUUCUGAUGGUGGGAUUUGGAACUUGAUUUCCUUUCUGUACAGCCUGAUGAUUCAAUAUGAGUUUAAUCUCCUAACCCUUGUAUAUAUCACUACUCUCCUUUUUAUAAAUAUAUGUUAAAAAUUGUGAAUA